AUGGUAUAUCGGCACACUACUGCCCUGCGGGCCGUGGACGUUCAGGACUCGGCGGCAAUUACCUUGAUGGGUACGGAUGUGGAGCGCAUUGUACAAGCAUUGAGAUUCAUCCAUGAAGUCUGGGCAUCGAUUCCUGAAAUAGCCGUUGCCGUCUGGCUUCUGGCUCGUCAAAUGUCCUAUGCUGCGUUUAUGCCACUCGUCGUUGCUUUAGCAUCCGUAGCUGGAGCAUCAUUCGUCGGGGCGCGGUCUGGCCCUGCCCAAAAGGCGUGGAACGAGCGCGUUGAGAAGCGAAUCGCAGUCACGACCAAGAUGAUCAGCAGCAUGAAAAUUGUCAAGAUGUUGGGCUGGUCAGAGGUGCUGGGUGAUAUCGUUCGUGACUUGCGAAAAGUUGAAAUACGCACCUCGGAGAGGUUCCGUUAUCUCCGGAUCUGGCAGAUUCUGUUUGGAAAUGCGCCUACCACGCUUGCCCCCCUCGCAACCUUUGGCGUAUAUGCCAUCAUUGCGGCUGUCAAGGGAGACGAAAGCCUAUUAUCAGCGCAGGCCUUCACCUCGCUUGCUCUCAUCAGCCUCGUCACAAGCCCCCUGAUCACCUUCUGUCAGGCCUUGCCAUCUUGUAUUCAGGCUGCGGCAUGCUUUUCGCGUAUCGAAUCAUACUGCUCUCGGCAAGCGUUGUCUCCACGCAUGGACCCUUCAGGAGGAGCCAUUGAAAGCAGCAUUCCGCUAAGAGACCGAUCGUCCACACGCUUCGCUUCGGGGAGACCAGGUGAUGUUGUGGCCUCGUUUUUGUCAGCCGAUAUAUCUUGGUUGGCAGAUGCCACCGAACCUGUGCUGCGCAACAUCAAUCUAAACGUCAAAUCCGGAUUCACAGCAAUUGUCGGUCCGGUCGGUUCGGGAAAGUCCACACUGCUCGAGACUUUAAUAGGAGAAACCAUCAUCACCCGAGGGCGUGUCGAGUCCAAAAUAUCCAAGGUUGCCUUUUGCUCGCAGCUUCCCUGGAUUACUGACGAUACCAUUAGACAUAAUAUUGUCGGCACAGCCAACCCCGAGUUUGACCCCAAGUGGUAUGAGUUUUCUGUUGCGUCAUGUGGACUUCAACAAGAUCUAGCAGGGCUACCUGUUGACGAUGUGACAAGCGGUCUCGAUCCCACGAUGGUCAACUUCAUUCUCACCCAGCUCUUCGGUCCUCAAGGCCACUUUCGCAAAUCCGGCACAUCUGUUAUACUUGCCACACACAAUAGGAGCGUUCUUCCGUAUAUGGAUGAGAUCAUUGUCAUGGACAACGGCGUGGUGAUCAAUUCGGGCCCGUACAGUGAAAUCCGAUUGACAAUGCCCGAGCUGGCAAGGUCUGAAGAUUUCACGGAUGAAAGCAACAACAUAGACGUGGCGGGACAAGACGGUAUCCAGAAUGAAUCGACCGCGAGUGCACUCAAGCUUCACCCAACAAACAUCAGCAGCGAACCCGCAAGAGCUGGAUCUGCAGCGGCGCCAAGGAAGCUGCUCUUGCAUGCCGUUUUAGCACAUCAUGGACAUAGGUUCAGUCAAGACAUGGACCUCAUUGACAUGACGCUCCCCUCGAAUGCCAUUCAAUUUACAUCAGCCGCGGCGUACUGCCUCGCGCAGCUGGUUAUCCUCUGCGUUCUUGGCAAAUACCUGGCAGCCGUGGUUCCUAUCCUGGCCGCAGUCCUCUUCGUUGUCCAGAAAAUCUAUCUUCGCUCCUCUCGGCAACUCCGUCUCCUCGACAUCGAAGCCAAAGCGCCCCUGUAUCAGAUUUUCAUUGAGACGAUUCGAGGCAUUCCGACCAUCCGGUCGUUUCACUGCCAAGACCUGUUUCACAGCAAGCACCAGGCGAUACUCAAUGACGCUCAGAAGCCGUUCUAUAUGCUGAUGUGCAUCCAGCAGUGGCUCGCCCUGGUGUUGGACUUGAUUGUGGGCGCAAUUGCGGUCACGAUUGUUGUGAUCGCAACAUCCUUGUCUAACAGCAUAAGUGCCGGUGCCAUCGGCGUCGGCCUUGUCCUUAUAUUGCAGUUCAACGAGAUGCUUACGCAAACGCUCCAAUCCUGGACGAAACUGGAAACAUCGAUCGGAGCUGUUGCGCGGGUCCAGAAAUUCGUCGCAGAUACCCCUUCUGAACCUAUCGGGACGGCGGUCGUGCCUGCUGGCUGGCCUGCGCGAGGGGCGAUUAGUUUCAACAAGGUCGUUGCCGGCUACCCAUCCAACGACAAGCUCAUUCUGUCCGACAUUAGCCUGCACGUUUCUCCCGGCGAGAAGCUCGCGGUUUGCGGAGCCUCAGGCAGCGGGAAGACGUCGCUCAUCAUGACGCUAUUGCGCAUGACGAACCUGCACCAGGGCGUGAUAACCAUCGACGACAUGGACAUUUCAAAGCUGGCCGGGAGCGACGUCUGUGCCAAGAUCAACGUUGUUCCCCAAGAAGCGUUUUUCCUACCUGGAACCAUCCGGUUCAACCUCGACCCCCAGGGGCGUGCGGCCGACGACGCUAUCGAGGCUGCAAUUCGCAGAGUUGGGCUCUGGGGGCGGAUUCAGAGGGCGGAAGCGGGACUGGACAUGGAACUGCUUGCGUCCGAGUGGUCCCAGGGCGAGAUGCAGCUCUUGUGUCUGGCGCGGGCUCUGCUUGUGCCCAGCAAGAUCCUGAUCUUGGACGAGGCAACAAGCAGUGUCGACGCAAAAACGGAGGCGAUCAUGCAGGAGGUGAUCGACAGCGAAUGGCGUCAGCACACGGUCAUCUCGGUGCUCCAUCGGUUCGCGCACAUCAAUCGGUUUGACCGUGUAGCUGUUCUACGCUCCGGUCAACUCGUCGAAUGUGACACGCCACAAGCGCUGUUGAGUCGCCCGUCUGAGUUCUUGGAACUGUACCGGCGAGACAUCAAGCUCAAAGGCGGCACGGCGGGCCUCGAGGGCGAGACCGAGGAGUUGGACAAGCAACGGGAAGGCAAACGACGUCGGACCGAGAGCUCGGAGGACAGCAAGUGA